UAUAAGGUGCAACCAACACAGCUGUUAGACAUUGCAACAGGGAGAUUCUGGCAGUGUGUCUGGCUAGUAUUAGUUCUGAAUACGGUUGUUGUUUAGCUCACUAACAUGGCUGUGACGUUUGGACUCUCUUUGAGUGUUUCUUGGCUUUGUUGCCUGCUAAUUGGAGGGAUAACGUGUUUUCCACUGCAAGGUGACGCUUAUGGGCAUCCUGCCUACACUGGACAUGAACCAACUGGAUCCCAAGCAAGUGUGGUGUCUGUUCCAAAUGCUAAAGCUACUGGCCACAAAACCCUGGCAAGUGUGACGCAGGGUCCAAAUGCCACAGCUGAAGCAACUGCCAACCAUGUCUCUUCAGAAGUGGCCCGCGCCUCAGCUGAAGCAACUGCCAACCAUGUCUCUUCAGAAGUGGCCCGCGCCUCAGCUGAAGCAACUGCCAACCAUGUCUCUUCAGAAGUGGCCCGCGCCUCAGCUGAAGCAACUGCCAACCAUGUCUCGUCAGAAGCGGCCCGCGCCUCAGCAGAAGGAACUGCCAACCAUGUCUCGUCAGAAGCGGCCGGCCCCCGCGCCUCAGCUGAAGCAACUGCCAACCAUACCUCUGCAGAAGCGACCGGCCCCCGCGCCUCAGCUGAAGCAACUGCCAACCAUACCUCUGCAGAAGCGACCGGCCCCCGCGCCUCAGCUGAAGCAACUGCCAACCAUGUCUCUGCAGGAGCGACCGGCCCCCGCGCCUCAGCUGAAGCAACUGCCAACCAUGUCUCUGCAGGAGCGACCGGCCCCCGCGCCUCAGCUGAAGCAACUGCCAACCAUACCUCUGCAGAAGCGACCGGCCCCCGCGCCUCAGCUGAAGCAACUGCCAACCAUGUCUCUGCAGGAGCGGCGACCGACCUUGAACAGACGGCCCGACCCCUCAACAAGCUAGAUAGGGAGAUCAUAAUUUGGUUUGCUCAACUCCUUAAUCGUCUUUCUCCUGUUACUGUGCCUCCAUUUGAAGAAAAGGGCAAAGGUAAUUGAGGUGAGGAAUUGUGCAAACUAAUGCGCUUGUUUGAAAUGUGGAUCUCCUUCAAUUGUGCAUCGUUAUGCAAAUUGUUUACAGGGGUGAACGCUACACUGGUAUGAAUUGUUUUAUAACCAUACAACUAAAAUUGACAUCUGAUUUGGCCACUAUUGCUGAAACUUAGGUUGUACGGUUAUGAUUUUGAUUUGUCCUGGUGUUCCUGCUAUUCUUACAUGAUUUGUUCAAUAAAUAAUUUGACUUCCAAAAUG